AAAAAAGGAUAGAGAAAUUAUGACUUAUGAGCAUACUAAUGUCAAUUGUCUAAGACCAUAACAAUGCCCACAAAUUCUCAUUUGAUUUCAAUUAGUAUAAUUUUGAACCAAACGUUCAUCUGAUUCCAAGUAGCUCCCCUAAAAUACGGACCAAAGAGUUUCCGACGAAAUUGGAGAUUUUUAAGUUGUGAUAAAACAAAAACAAAUUUCACAAAACAAAAACAAAUUUCACAAAAGUUACCCAGAAAAAAUCCCUUUUUUGUUGCUCUUUUUUCAAAUUAAAUUCAUCCCUUCUCUCUCUCCACCACCUUCGCUCUACAACAACUGACUUUCAAUAGAAAUAGUAAGAAAUUACAUUGAAACAUUAAGAGUUAAAUUUACACUAUUAACUUCUUUAUAAUUAUUGUAUUUUAUGGAUGAGAAAUGAAGAAGGCUCAAAAUGGUGGAUUACAUGUGAAAAAAUGUAGCAUUAAAAAUAAGAAUUGUGAUGAUUUUGGAGAUAACAACAACAACAAUAACAACGAGAACAACCGAAGCAACAACAACAGCUUUUAUGAACUUUGUCUUUCAUUAAUUUGGUGUUUUGUUUUCUUGUUUUAUUGUGAAGUUUGUCUCAGCGAUGGACAUGGAGAGACUCAUCACUACCCUAAUUAUAGAAGCACGUCAUCGGAAGCUAAGCUUGCUGGCAAUGGAAAUUCGAAUGUCCAUAAAAUCGCUGUUGGUAACUUCACUGACAGCAUGUUGUUAAAGGUUAAUAUAUCAAUAAACGUCAACAUUUCUACCAUUCAAGGGCUAGGUUCUUCCAAUUCUAGUUGCUCACUUCCUAGGCAUAAAGGGGUGGAAGAAUUGGUCUUUUACAUAUUAAGAUUAGGAUACAACGGCUUAGUGUGCGAAAUACCUCAUCAAAUAGAUCAAAGAAUGAACAAACUAGAGGACCAGCAACAUGGUAUGGCUCUGGAUACUACCUAUUUAAAGCUCGAUGAGUCCCAAAAUACAACAAUAUCAGGAAAAGGGGUGGUAACCUCUAGCGAACAAACAAAUAUCACCCAUCGACUUGAACCCGAUGGAACAGCUUACAAUUUUGCCUCUGCAGCCAAAGGGGCAAAAGUUGUGGCUCAUAAUAAGGUAGCAAAAGGAGCAAGUAACAUUCUGGGGAAGGAUCACGAUAAAUACCUUAUAAACCCUUGUUCUGUAUCAGACAAGUAUGUUGUAGUUGAGCUUGCAGAAGAAACGUUGGUUGAUUCUGUCAGGAUUGCAAAUUUUGAGCAUUACUCCUCAAACUUUAAGGAAUUUGAAUUGUGGGCAAGCUCGACUUACCCUACUGAUUCAUGGACCUUUAUUGGAAAAUUUGUUGCUGCCAAUGUCAAGCAUGCUCAGACCUUUGUUCUGCCUGAACCCAAAUGGGUAACUUUUUUGAACUUGAGUUUGGUUAGUCACUAUGGAUCUGAACAUUACUGUACAUUGAAUGUCUUGGAAGUUUAUGGUGUUGAUGCUAUUGAGCGGAUGCUUGAAGAUCUAAUGGUGACUUCUGGCAGACCGUUUCCUAGUGAACAACCAUCAAAGAUUAAUACAACAGAAGUUUCAUCAGUAAAGCCUCAGGAUGUUACAGGUAAUGAGAAAAAUGGUAGUGAAGUUCUUAAUGGAAGUGAUUCUUCUGGUAAAGGAACGGGAACAAGUGAUGAGCCAAAGGCAAACAUAGAUGUGACUAAGAGUCCUGGCACCUCAAGCAAGGUCCCUGAUCCAGUCGUGGGAAAGUCAAAUAGCAGAAUUCCUGGCGACACUGUUCUGAAGAUCUUAAUGCAGAAGGUGAGGUCGGUGGAGGUCAAUUUGGCUUUGCUAGAAGAGUAUCUCAAGGAGCUAAACCAAAAACAAGGGGAUAUUAUCCCUGAAUUCAACAAUGAAAUCUCGAAAGUUACUUCACUGCUCGACAGUGAAAGAAAAGGAAUCAACGAACUAGUUGAGUGGAAGGAAGAAACGGACAAGCAUAUUGAAGACUUCGAGUUAUGGAAAGCAGUAUUCUCAUCACAAGUUGAUGAAUUGAUCUGUGAAAAUAGGAUCCUCAGAUCUCUUGUGGAAAACAUAGAGAAUGACCACACUAGUCUACAGAACAAGGAGCUUGCUGUUUUAUUAGUGAGCUUCUUCUUCUUGUGCAUAGCAUUCCUCAAGCUAGUCUCCAAGCGGGUUUUGCUCUCUUUUGGAGCUUCUCGCGGUAAUGAUGCUUCUAGAACUACCGGAGGCUGGUUGUUAAUACUCCUUAGCAGUGGCAUCACGAUGUUAAUAACUUUGAUCUAGUGAAUAGCCAUGUGCUGAUGUGCGUGCAGUUAUUCACCAUCUCUGAAGAACUGCAUGGAGGACAGUGAGUCGGUAUCAUAAGAUUCAGACGGCUUCCUGCCCCUUAAGUCGGGGCAGAGAUGUAUUAGGUAGAACGAGCAUGCAUCUUUUGCAGAAGUAACUCUCGUGAAAUAUGUUCGGUUCUCUGAUAGUAAAGGAUCCAUUUCAUCAUGUCCACUUGGUACUUGGUACUUGGUAGGUUAAGACAUGGUUGUUAACUUGUUAUAGGCUUUGAAUUAGGAUUAGUUAGGUUGCUGCCAUUAUAUAUGUAGAAUUCAGCCGAAUGCAGGGCUCAAUAUUGCACUUUCACUGAAAACUCAAUAAAUAUUAAAAAAACAAGAUCAUGUUUGUGUUGUUUUA